GUUCUCACGCUGUAGCAGACCCGGUAGCAAGCAUGCCGCUAUCCGUAAACCGAAUAGACACGUCUCUGAAUCUGAGGACAUAUUUUAUCCUGUCCUUCCUGCUGGCGUUCUCCGUAGCCUGCAGCCACUACCUGCAGUACCAGGACUUUUACCUGGUCUUGCUGAGCAUUAUCAGUUCGAGCUCUUCCGUGAUUGUGUUCGAGAACCUGUUUCUGGUGCUGAGCAUCAUGCUCGGCUACGUGGUCAAGUCCUUCUUCUUGGGGAACCUGAGGGACACAGAGAUAGAAUUCUUGUAUGAAAAAGUGUCACCCACGCUCUUUGACGUCGUCCUGUCAUUCAGCCUGUUCCGGACGCCGUUCAAUGUGCCCUGCAUUCUGAUGUUGGUGGUGCUCUUUUUCUUCAAAUGCUUUCACUGGCUGAUUCAGAAGCGCGUGGACUUCGUUGGGCAAAUUUCGGUGUCGAACUGCGCGUCCUACUUUCGUCUGAUGGCACUGAUUGUGCUAUUUUUCGCGCUGGACCUCGCGAUGAUUAAGCUGAGCAUUAAGAAGGAAACCACUAUGACGAUCUUCCUUCUCUACAAGUUCGAGUUCGCGCUGUUGACGCUGUCCAUCUGCUUGUUCGCGAAGAAGUAUUUGAUCAUUUUGUACGACUUGUACCGCUUUCACGGUCAGUGGGAGGAGAAGAACGUCCUCAUUAUGCUGCUCGAGCUGUUCGGCGAUUUCUGCCGAAUGUUACUGAACAUCUUCUUGUUCGUGUCGAUGGUCAACAGCAUCGGUCUCCCGCUCCACUUGACUCGUCAGUUCGCCGAGUCGAUCAUGCUGUUCAGAAAGAGGCUCAUAGAGUUCGUCCGCUACCGAAAGGCCACCAAGAACAUGAAUCAACGAUUCCCCAACGCCACGCCGGAACAAAUUGCUCAAGUCAACCACAUAUGCGUCAUAUGCAGAGAAACGAUGACUCAGGGAAAAAUUCUCCAAUGCGGACACAUAUUGCACCUCAAAUGCCUAAGGGAGUGGUUGGAACAUCAACAAAGCUGUCCGACCUGUCGACUUCCGGUGUUGGAAACCAACCAAGAAACAAGAAACGAUUCCUCCAAUGUGGCGACUCGCUCACCUCCUUCAUCCCCCCUGGAUACGCCCCCACCCUCUGAACAGAGUCUGUUCUUCCCCGCUUCUGUGUCUAACCCGCCGAUGCCCGCAAUCCCCGUCCAAGAAGGCCCCGCAGACCGACAAGACGCCGCAAUUCAAGAUCCCUCAGGAUCUCGACCCUUCUCACUCUCCUGGGACUCCAACCUAACUCAGCAGGGUCAGCCCAUUCAAUACGCGUCCGUUCCCUUCGUCCAAGUCCCCUUCUCCUCUCAGCUGCCUCAGCUGCCUCAGGGCGCCGUGUUUCUGUCCGGCGUCCAGUCCUCGACGGAAGCCUCCAGCAGAAUAGAGCACAUGUUGUCCUCUAUCGAGCGGAGAAUCGACAGCCUUCAGCAACAAGUCCAAGAAAUCAGGCAAAUUGUCUCUCAACGCACCUGAAACUCUGUAAAAUUGUAAAUUUAGACACCGUGACUCUCGCUAUUCUCUAUAAAGGAAUUUCGCAACUUUCUUCUGACAGAAAAUUUUCUUGCUCUCGAAUUCUUCAGCCGCCAAACACCGGAUCCCCCCUCAACCCCUCCAGCGCCCGCGCGGCGCUCUCGCAAACUAACCGCCUCAACGCCACUUUCACCCGCGCGGCCCCCAACUCGGCGUCUAGCGCGCUCCCAGCCCCAAACGCGAUUCGGACCCCGCGCGAGCGCCAAUGUCGCGCCGAACCGCGCCGGCGAGACCGGCCUCUGUCCAGACGGCGCUGGCGCGCCCCCUCUCCCAUACCGACCCCGUGUGAAUACUUUUUUUUUUGAAAAGCGGUACACCAAUACACAGCGACCCCGCGCCUUCAGUUGAAGCUCUAGCGCGCCCUGAACGCAACCACCUCAUCACGGAGGCCCUCGUGCGAGCCUAUCCAAGCCGACGCGCGUCUCGUUCUGCGGGACACGCAAUUCUUGCGUACCCUCUGUUGAAUGAGCUCUUUCUCCCCUCAACUUCUGAUACACGUGUCAGUCACGUUAUAGAGGCCGGCGUGCAGAGAAGAGCACACCAGGAUGUCUGCUGAUGUCCCCUUGACCCUGCCGACAGAACGCUGUGCUUUUUUGUCGGUCAAAGAUCUAAAAGGAAUUCGCCAACCAUCACCCUCCACCUUUGUAGACGUGGUCGCCAGCACGAGCGAUCGAAAUCACGGCGUCGACCGCCCCCCUCCUCCCCUUCCGAUGUCUACCAACUACUCGCGGCUCUUGAACCUGUUGACCGUCUUCAUUACUCACACCUAUGCCCGUAUAGAUCCUCUGAGGUACUCUUGCUCAGACGGCCAAUGUCUCCACUACAUCCUGACCACGCCGUCCGAACGCAGCGCCCCGAACAACCGCGGACUCGACAACCAAGAGAACGACCUCAUCAUGUCCAAAAACGACCUGUUGGGACCUUCAACGGAACCCUGUCGGUACAUGGUCAUGGAACUCUUGGGAAAAGGAACGUUCGGACAGGUCGUGAAGUGCUGGGACAAAUCUCUGAAAAUCUACGUGGCCAUCAAAGUGGUCAAGAACCUUCCCGCGUUCCAUCGUCAGGGAUUCGCCGAAAUCCGCGUCAUCAAGCAACUGAACACCAAAUAUGCCUCCCCAAACUAUCCGUUGGUUCAAAUUUUGAACUAUUUUGUGUUUUCGGGUCAUCUGUGUCUUGUUUUCGAACUGUUGAAUGUCAGCUUGUACGAGCUGAUUCGACGCAAUCUGUUUCGCGGGCUGUCGCUGCCGCUGGUCUCCAAGUUCGUCCAUCAGAUUCUCCGCGUGCUGGUGGACCUGGGCAAGAACCGCAUCAUUCAUUGCGACUUGAAGCCAGAAAACAUCUUGUUGAAGUCACCAGACCAAUCAAACAUCAAAGUCAUCGAUUUUGGAUCUGCUUGUUUUCAAGACGAACAUGCCGUCUAUUCGUACGUCCAGUCGCGCUUCUACCGAUGUCCGGAGGUCAUCUUGGGCUAUUCGGCCACGUACUCUAAACUGGAUUUGUGGUCACUUGGCUGCAUUUGCUUCGAGCUGUUUACGGGCUUUCCUCUCUUUCCUGGCACCAACCAGCACCAAAUGGUCGUUCAGUUCGUCCGCGUGCUCGGCAUGCCCCCGUAUUCGAUGCUGGCCAACGGCAGGGACUCGCACCGAUUCUUUAACCGGGUCGCGCACACCGGAGCCAAAACAGACUUUGUACUCAAAACCAGUCAAGAAUGCGCUUCGAGCGACGAGACCAGCAGUGCGUCCGCUGUUCCAGAGCUUGCGAAGAUUCCCAAAGAAACAUCCAUCGAAUUACUCGUCUCAGAAAUUCCCUAUUCCGACGAUCUGAGCGCCGCCGAAAGAAUACAAGAAGAAUUGCACCGCCAACUUCUGAUUUCGUUCCUGCAAAACAUUUUAAAAUGGAACCCUAACGAAAGAUCUGACGCGGAGCAGUUGCUUCUCCACCCAUUCUUCUCUUCACCUGGCUUAGCUCGUGGCGCCUAUCCACCCUUCAACAACAGCUCAAAUUACGUCUGCGAUCUGAACGGAGCGUACCCUCCUGGUUACCCGCGCAACCGUGACAUCGCCAAAGAGAUACCCAACCACCCUAGAAUGGCCCCUGACCAAACGCUCGAAACCCGUCAUAUGCCCGCGAUCCCUCCUCACCUAUUCCUCCCUCUUGGAAACCCUGGCCAAAGAAACCUGUCAAACUUUUUUGUCAACAGACUUGCCCCUCGACAGGACGACAACCACCUAUUCCAUCCUCCUCUCCUCGCCAAAAAUCCGGAAUUCACUCCUCAAACUCUGGCCUCUCAAGCUCUCUCUAUUCCGUCUUCCCUCAAGUCCGCCACCUCCUCACUCCCGCACGCUCUGCCAUUCUAUCACUCCAAACCCCCUCUUCCCACCGAGCACCCUCCAGAACCCUACUACACUCACUCUUCACACAACCACGUCCACCCCUCUCUCGCGCAGCCCGCUGUCGGCCAACUGGUCGACCCAAGACUCGAGCGUCAGCCCCCGGGAACCCUCUUCAUCCCUCGCGAACGCCCUGAACAAAACCUAUUUUUUCAUUUCCCUGUCAGCCAUAACGGACAAAAUGUUUUGUGUCAAAAACAGCCGAAACUCCUGUCAGAAAUGCCAGACCCCUCCCCGCUCUUAUUUCGUGCCAACGACAUCCCCCCUUCUGUCCAGGCACCCCGCUUCUCCUCCCCGUCCUUGCAACAACCUUCCUCCUCUCUUCACACCGACUUCGUUCAUCCUCAACUUCAACUGCGUUCUGCCUUCUCGCUUCUUCGGCCCACCCAGAAGUAUUUCUCCACCUCGAACGUUCGCCCCCCGCUCCAUCAGCCUCGCCGCGCCUACCUCCAGAUCCCCUCCUUCGUUCCCUCUAACCAGUAAAGAAAUAACGGC